AUGUCUGCCAUUUUUAAUUUUCAGAGUCUGUUGACUGUAAUCUUGCUGCUUAUAUGCCGGCCCUUGCUGCUUAUAUGUACCUGUGCUUAUAUCCGAUCCUUGGCACCAACCCUCCUGGACAGAAAUAAAACUGGACUGCUACGUGUAUUUUGGAAGUGCCCCAAAAUUGGUGAACAGAAGAGUCCUUGUGUUGCAGUAUGCUGUGUAGUGAUGGCCUUCAGCAUCCUGUUCAUACAGUAG